CGAUCGACGCGAUUUUUACGAAGGGAAGCUUACAUUACUCAUUAUCGCCAUAAAGCGUGAUAAUUCGCGUUUGUCUGGCCGCCGGGCAAGCGUCAGUAAGAUCGCGCCCCUGCCGCGGCACCCGCGCGCUGUUCUAGUGCAGUGUAGUACGCGUCCACAAAGUUGAUCAAUAAGGAACAAUGAAUCCGCGAGACGGUCGCGAUCGGCGGACUGCCAUCUGACCCUUAAAGUCGUGGGAUUACGACGAAUCUGUAUUGCGCCCUUCUCCGGUGACGGCUGAUUGUGAUUUGAAUUAGAGAUAAUGUCGUCUCCACGAUUUCAAUUUCCGCCAGAGAGUUAUUCUGCCGUUUACACCAGCGAUAUAACGAGUGUAAAUGUGAACUACAAAUCGGUGAAAAAUGAACCUGAAGAGGCAGUAUUACCGGUUACUGGUGCCAGCACGCCUCCGGUUUCACUUUUCAGCUGCUUUCAUUGCGCAUUUUCAAAUAGCUUCAAAGUGAUCGGAAAAGAAGAGAAGAAAGUAAGGAAAACUAAGGUUGCUGCUGGUAAAGAUGAGGAUCGUUGGCGUAGUAAGAACGAAGGAGCUUUGUUCAAGCGCUGGAAGCGCACUACGUCUUCUGUGGAGACCACUCCUGCCGCUCCUGCACCAACCACCCCUUCGUCACAACCUUCUGAUUUGCUCAAAUUCUUAGCUAUUAAUGCAUUAGAGCUUUCAGCGCCAGCAUCUGAUGCUCUGCUUAAGUCGCGAUCAUCGGAAUGGUUCCAGUUGUCCGGACACCCAGGCUCCUUGGCACCCGCUGGUCCUGGUACGGUUUGGAAGCGAAGGGCAGCUGGCGAUCACCCCGCACACAACCCUGAGCGCGACGCUUAUGAAGCACUAGCGGCAUGUCCACAUAUGCGCUCUGCUAUUCCUCGCUUCUACAGAGAACUAGAAUAUGGCGGCGAACAUUUUAUUGAGUUACAAGAUCUUCUCCAUGGUUUCCGCGACCCUCAUGUAAUGGAUAUCAAAAUGGGCACUCGUACAUUCUUAGAAGACGAAGUCAGUAACGCCCGUGCUAGAUCAGACCUAUAUGAGAAAAUGGUUCGCCUAGAUCCUAAUGCACCCACCGAAGCUGAACACGUCGCACGCGCAGUCACUAAGUUACGUUACAUGCAAUUCCGUGAACAAUGUUCAUCGUCCGCGGAACAAGGAUUUCGUAUUGAAGCCGUGAAACUCCCUGGCCAACCACCACUCACAGAUCUCCAAAAAGUAAAAGAACCAAAGCAACUAACUGCUGCAGUCGCUCGUUUCUUUGGCAACGAUGAACGAGCUCGUCGCGCAAUAGCUACUCGUCUUCGUGAGAUUAGAAGUCUGUUUGAAAAGUCUGACUUCUUUCGAACUCAUGAAAUUGUUGGUAGCAGCAUUUUUAUUAUUUACGACGACGAGCGAGUUGGCGCAUGGCUUAUCGAUUUCGCCAAGACUCGACGUGUACCAAAUGAAAUAAAAGUUACCCAUAGGGAGCCCUGGCAACAGGGCAAUCAUGAAGAAGGUUUCUUAUAUGGAUUAGAUAGGCUAAUAAAUACGAUAGAAACAGCGAGACUUUCUGAAGCAAUGACAGAACCGGAUGUGUCACGUUGAACAUUCGGCGAGAGGAAGUUGGACUCGCCCUGCAUUGACUGCACCAUUUGCUUGGCCUUAGUGCCCAGUGCCAUUCCCAUAGCGCCAAAGCUGAAGCUUGGAGAUGUACAGAAAAACUACGUUUGUGUUUGUUCAUAUGAAAGAGAAUGCGAUGUAUUAUUUAUUAAUUUGAUCUAGUCCUAAAAUAUUUAAUUAUACGUUUUUGAUUUAAA